AUGCAUGGACAAAACAUGAAAAUGAAUUACGAAUAUGUUAAUCAUAAAUAUAAAAAAUAUGUCGAACAUAGUUAUUCACCAAGGCACAUGGAGUCGUCAAGCGGAAGCACUUAUAGGCAAGAGGCUCGAAUUCCGUAUGGUCAAAAACUUAAAGUUGCAGGGGAGAGAGUAGAGAAAGAAAUAGCAGAUAUUGAACGCUGGGAGGUUCAUCACAUUAUUUCAAAAAGAUAUACGAAUGGGAGACCGGAAUUUCUCGUUUAUUGGAAAGGAUACUCAAAGCCCUCUUGGGAACCAGCUGAAGUUCUGGAUAAUUGCCAAGAAGUAAUUGAUGAAUUUGAUCGACUUUGUCUUGAUAUAGAUAUGGACGUGGAUAAUGAGGAAUCAGAGUUGACUAUAGUUGAUACUCGAGAUGAAAUUAAAAAGAUCGAUCAUCAACUUCGUGAAAGCUAUCAUAAUAUCAAAUUUGAUGAUUCAAUUUAUGAAAGGGUUAUCUUGGGAAGUUCAAUUCCAUAUCAUACAGGACCAAAAAUUGAACAAUUACAUUUCGAUGAUUUCGAUGAAGAUUUCGACUUGUUACAAAUAAUUGGCAAACUAAUCGUGCUACCAUCAAUUCAAAAGAAGUCUUCCAAUAAUUAUGACCCAUUUGUUCCAAAAGACGGUGCCGCUGGCGGGCCACCCUCAAAAACUCAACAUAUUCAAAAACAAAUUGAUGAUACAGUUGGUAUUAUGCGUGAAAAUAUCAACCAAGUGGCUCAAAGAGGUGAAAGAUUAGAUGCAUUACAGGACAAGACCGAAAAUUUGACCGCAUCUGCACAAGGCUUUCGUCGUGGUGCUAACCGCGUACGUAAACAAAUGUGGUGGAAAGACAUGAAAAUGAGAAUUAUUAUCGCCUUUGUAAUAGUCGUUAUAUUGUUGAUGAUAAUUUUGCCAAUUGUCCUCAAAAAAGACGAUACAAAGAAAUAA